CCCCCACACGCCCGACUUCAGCUGCCAAAUCCCGCCUAUAACCAUGGUGGAUCAUCGGGGCGGCGCAGCGUCUUCACUAGCCCAGAAAGGAAUCCGAGCCCUUCGACUCCGCGUGACGACGAGGCUGAGCUGCUCCUACGUCAUAUUUCCCACGGAUUGUUUGCCCGACUUGUAUAUAAACACAGCCUGAUUGCCUCCGUCUUACUCGUCCAAACCACAGAAAUACCAAGACUAUCAUCUACAACAUUAUCAUCUUCCUACUCCUAUUCCCUAUACCAUCGGGGCCAAACAUGAGUCGCAGCCUUGACAUUGUUAGUCCAGGCUGGGGAGGCAGCCGCUUGGAGGUUGUUGAUCCGUCCACGUCCGCUGUUCUCUACAAGUACGAGACCAAGGGUUUCCUCAAGAAGCAUAUCGAAAUAACACGGACCUCCGAGAAACCAUCUGGCCAGGACCUUCUGGUUGGCAAAAUCACCUUUCCAAGCUGGAGCUCGGGCAUCAACAUCGACAUGGGCAACGAGCAAGUCACGCUGAAGCGUCCCAAGAUGUUCAGCAGUAGCUAUACAUUUGCCUCUCGCACCCUGAGCGGUAAAUGGAAACACCCCAGCUCGCUGUCCAGUCGCAUCGAACUUAUCACGACGGCUGGCGACGUUGUAGCAAAGUUUGGCCACGCAUCGUGGUCGUUUUCUAAGAAAGGCACACUUGAGGUCUUUGGCAAUCCCUCGCAACAGGAGCUCGACAUGGUUAUGAUCACAGCGUUCACCAUGAUUGCAGUGCACAGACGCAACUCAAACGGUGCAGCAGCAGGUGCAUCAGCAGGUGGCGCUGCCGCUGGCGCUGGUGGUGGCGGUGGUGGUUGUUGAAGAUUUACUAGAAACAUUACGAGUUACAGUGCCUAGCAUAGAAGCCAGCAGAUAUAUAGCAACAUUUAGAUACCCGUCAAAUACAAAGACUUUCACAUCACUAUUUCAC